GCGGAAGCUGCUGGCAACAGAAGGGUCAAUGACGAGGGGUUUCAUCUUUCGCUGUGUGUGUAUGAGCUGCCUGUAGGGAUAUACAAAGGGUCUAUACAGUACACAGCCUGGAGACAGAUGAUACACGGCAUCAGCCCAGCUCCGACCUCUCUGACUCUGGAUUCUGAAACAGCCCAUCCCAACCUCAUCCUCUCUGAGGACCUGACCAGCGUGAGACUCGGAGACAUAUGGCAGCAGCUCUCGGACUCCCCGAAGAGGUUUUGUAAUGAUGUCUGUGUCCUGGGGUCUGAGGGCUUCACAUCAGGGAAACAUUACUGGGAGGUGCAGGUGGCCAACAAGACAGACUGGGACGUGGGAUUGGCCAAAGAAUCCAUCGACAGGAAAGACAGCAUUCCACUGUCAACACGAAAUGGAUACUGGGUUGUGUAUCUGAGAAAAGGAUAUGAAUAUAAAGCAUGUACAUCACCUCCCACCCGUCUGCCCCUGAGGGAGAGACCCGGGAAGGUGGGAGUUUACCUGGAUUAUGAGGGGGGACAGGUGACAUUUUACAACGCUGAUAACAUCACCCAGACUUUCACUGAGAAACUUUAUCCUUUCUUCAGUCCCUGUAAGAACGACGGCGGCAAAAACUGUGAACCUCUGAGGAUCUGCCGGGUGACAGAUUAAUGAGGAGGGAACCCUCAGCUAUGACCUGUGUUUGGCUGUGUGACCACGAGGCUGAAUCUUUUAUAAUCUGUGUCGUUAUACAAUAAAGCUUGUAGUUUAUAUUACACCUUUCACACUGGGCCCACGGCUCAAAACUUUCUCGGGAUCCACUCUCUCUCUCUCUCUCUCUCACUCUCUCUCUCUCUGUCUG